ACCACAAGUUGCAGCAGUGCAAACAGAAAUAGAGUGAGUACACAAGUUCUGACAUAUAGCACACUGCUUGACUCACGAUAAGAUCAGUAACGUGCAUUAUUUCUCAUUCCAUUGUUAUUAAUAUGAAAAGAACAAAGUUGUUUCCGGUUGAGGAGUAUUCUCAAAGGACCCCGGCCUGACUGUUUUCAGUGAGAUGGAACUGUUCAGGACAACAAUACUUCUGCCAGUUCUGGUCCUCUCUCAAGCCUUUCUAAAUAAAGACCACUCUGUUCCGGGGAACUUCUCUGGGUCCAGAGAGACCGAUGAGCAGCAGACAUCCAAUCUAACCAUAUCUCACCCCCCCAGGCUAUCUCAGCACUGCUCUGGGGUUGUUGAGGUGCUCCAUCGAGGGCUGUGGAGGCCGGUGACCUUUGACCUUGGGUCUGCAGAGUGGGCCAAAGUGGUGGAGGACAUAUGUACCAACCUGAGCUGCGGGGCAGUGUAUGAGCGCCGACAGAAUGGCACAGCUACAUUAAACUACUCCUACUCAACGUGUCUGAGCCAGUGUGUCUACAGAGACCUACUGGUGGAGAACUGUACAGAGCUCUCAUACACGGACUGCUCUAACCUGACUGAGAUAACCUGUGGGCGCCAGGCCGUGCGAUUGGUUGGAGGCUCACACCACUGUGAAGGACGGGUGGAGUUGUGGAGAGAGGAAAAAUGGGGAACGGUGUGUGACGAUAGUUGGGACCUGAGAGAUGGGGGCGUGGUCUGUGCCCAAUUGGGCUGUGGCCCUGCCUUAAAUGUGAGUGGACAGGACGGGUCCUUUGAAGCGGGUGUUGGUCUGGUUCUCUUAGAUGAGGUGAACUGUGGGGGGAGCGAGAGGAACCUAUGGGAGUGUCCCUCCCUGGGGACAGUCAACGACUGUGGACACAAAGAGGACGCUGCAGUGGUUUGUUCAGGAAUUCCAUCUCAAGCAGGCAACGAGACGGCAGAACAGAACACCCAGACUUCAACCACAGCAGGCUCAGUUCUACUAGUCACCAGUGCAGAGAGCCGGUCCUCUCCUCCCGUAGCUGCUGUCUGGGGCUGCAUCGCAUUGUCUAUAGCCCUCCUCCUCACACUCCUCUCCAAUGCUUCACUCUUCCUGUCUUACAGGAGGAGAGCUGCACUUCUGGUUCACCAAAGACAAGAUGGCCGUCUGCUGUCCAUCCAGUCUCAACACACUGACCGAGGGGAGAGAGUCAACCUCCUCACAGUCACCACAGACACAGCUGAUUACAUCAGGGUCCUUGACAAUGGAGUGAGCACAAGCAGAGAGCCAUGUGAAACCACGCAGACAGCAGAGACUUCUGACGCUCCUGAGAAAUAUAAUAUUGUUGCUGAGACAAUCAACGGCAUUGAGAGAAAAAACCCUGCCACCCAAAGUCUGCAUUCGCUGGUGUCAUCCAGCACGUCUUCUGGGGAAUGCUAUGAAAACAUUGAGACACUGGAGAAGGAGCUGCUGGACUCAGGUCCAGAUUUGAGAGAAACUGCCCUCACAGACUUGAUCUGUGGAAGAGAGCCAUCCUUGGGAUCGAGUAGUAGUACAUCAUCAGGGGAAUCCUACUACAACGUGGGGAUGGCAGUGGAACAGCAUCUACAGUCAGAGAACACCUAUACACAUUCCCCUGUGCAAUCAACCAGUGCACACCAGGAUCAGCAACAGCCUGUGAACAGCAACUUCCACCUACUGAGCAGUCAAAAUCAAGAAGAUUCAAGCAGCUCAUCUUCCUCUGAGCUUUAUGAGAACAUAGAAGUCCAAGAUGAAGAGGGGAUUGGUGAUGUUACCGUGAAGGAAGUCCCGGACCAGUCUCUUUCUGACAGUGACUACGAUGACAUAACAAAUUACUAGCUUUUCAUCAAACAUAGCAGUGAAAUGAGAACUAUAAAACAGAUUCAUUUACAUAUUAGCAGUUGUUAUUAUCCAGAAAGACAAACAGGAGCAAUUAUGUUUAAUUGCCUUGCUCAAGAGCGCAGACAUAUUUUUCUCUCUCACCUCGUUAGCGUGUGGAUUCAAACCAGCGACCUUUCGGUUACUGGCCCAACGGUCUUAACCACCUUCGCUUCUCCACUGCACAGAAUGACCAGCUUUGUGAACAAACAGCACUGUCACUGAUAUUGAUUCAUACGGUGACCUGAGCCACACAACGCACAGUCAAACUUUUUAAACUUGAAAUUCAAUUGUGUUAAUAUUAUCAAGGAGAAAAAGCAACAAAAAUGAAGUGCAUACUACAUUUAUUCAACUAAGACUUGAUGUGAAUAGCCUAGUGUAUAAACGCAUAUGCAGAUGCUUUGUACAUAAUAUGAGCACAUGUUUUGCAAUCCAAAAGAUCUACUUCUGACUGGGCUAUCACAACAAAUGUCUAUUCUGACUGGGCUAUCACAACAAAUGUCAACUUCUGACUGGGCUAUCACAACAAAUGUCUACUUCUGACUGGGCUAUCACAACAAAUGUCUACUUCUGACUGGGUUAUCACAACAAAUGUCUACUUCUGACUGGGUUAUCACAACAAAUGUCUACUUCUGACUGGGCUAUCACAACAAAUGUCUACUUCUGACUGGGUUAUCACAACAAAUGUCUACUUCUGACUGGGCUAUCACAACAAAUGUCUACUUCUGACUGGGUUAUCACAACAAAUGUCUACUUCUGACUGGGCUAUCACAACAAAUGUCUACUUCUGACUGGGCUAUCACAACAAAUGUCUACUUCUGACUGGGCUAUCACAACAAAUGUCUACUUCUGACUGGGCUAUCACAACAAAUGUCUACUUCUGACUGGGUUAUCACAACAAAUGUCUACUUCUGACUGGGCUAUCACAACAAAUGUCUACUUCUGCCUGGGCUAUCAAAACAAAUAUCUACUUCUGACUGGGUUAUCACAACAAAUGUCUACUUCUGACUGGGUUAUCACAACAAAUGUCUACUUCUGACUGGGCUAUCACAACAAAUGUCUACUUCUGACUGGGCUAUCACAACAAAUGUCUACUUCUGACUGGGCUAUCACAACAAAUGUCUACUUCUGACUGGGCUAUCACAACAAAUGUCUACUUCUGACUGGGUUAUCACAACAAAUGUCUACUUCUGACUGGGCUAUCACAACAAAUGUCUACUUCUGACUGGGCUAUCACAACAAAUGUCUUUGGAAGUUAAGCUUUUUUUGUGUGGGGGGGUGGGGGCUUCCCUAAUGAAUGAAUUAGUAGAUAUUUAAUAAACUAUCCACAGACUA